AUGUACGACCGACCAUCAGAUAUAACUGGUCCAUUUUACCUAUCACAGGCCGACAUGCCAACGGAAUGCAGAAUAAUGACACUCAGCCGCGGGCCGUGUGACCUCGACAAUAUGAGUCUGUUCCAAGACCUCAAACUUAAGAGGCGGAAAGUUGACUCCCGAUGUAGCAGUGAUGCCGAGGGCCGGCGCAUUGACACGUGGCGUUGCGGCGCCUCGGGUGGCAAGUGGGUUGGAAACAGAGUAGGGGUUGACCCAGUUUUUCUCGUUCGCACGCACGGCCGUCUGAGUGACCUAAUAGUGCUGAAGGGAGGGACCGGGAAAGGCGCGGGGAGCGGCCCGCGCUGCCGCUCGUGCGGUAGGUCGGGCUCACUGCGCGUGCCUACCGCCAGCCGACUAGUGGAAAACUUUCUUCGUCACUUUUCCCCGCUACAAGCCCAACGCUUCCGGGCGCCGCAUCUGCGCUCGCGCUGCUUUCACUUUCUCCUCGACCGCAGCGCUGCAUCUCGCGUUCACUUUACUACGUUCGGCGGUGGCGGGAAGUGCAGCGAAUCGGCAGCCGACACCAGUACGUCUUCGCCAGACCCGGGGCCGCCAUCACCGCGCAUGGCCGAGGCGGGGUGCAGCACGCCGCCUCACCCGCCGCCUGUGUUCGACGGCGGCGGCUCACCCUCACCUUCGCCUUCAUGCCAUCCCACCGUCAUCCGUUCAGCACCACCGUAUUCAGUCAUCAAAUUUGAAGGAACGUCCUCUGUCAAAUCUGAAAACUCUAAUGCUAAUAAACAUGAAUCGACACCAUCGCCGCAGCUCUCCUCCGUAAAGCUUGAAGCUACGCCACCAGAGCCGCAGCCUUACCGGCCUCGUGCUAUUGCACAACCUCAACAAAGUUCUCAUCCAGCUCUUUCACCGGGUCACUGGCCACAAGCGGCAUGCAUCAAUGGUGUCAAGCCAGAACUCAUUGGCGGUCAUUUUCCCCCACAACCGCUGGAACAAAAAGCAGGCAUGCGUGGCUCGACCCAGUGGCGAGGAGCCCCAGCCGUCAUCAUGGGUGAAUCGGGUGGCGUAAGAACAAUGUUUUGGACACUACCAGCUCCAACGGCCGGUAAUGAGCCAGCAGCAAGUGCCUCCCACACGGCCACUCCACCCACACCAGACCCCACGACGUGCAGUGAAGAAUCCGCUGCGAGAUUGCUACUGAACCUCGGUGGUGAAUUAAGACGGCCAAAGGGACCACCCUUAAAUAUGGAAUUAUUAUGGGCAGGUGAUGUCUCACAACUGCCAGCUCAUCAACAAAUUCAUGCGCUAAAUUUAAGCGCAGCAGCGGGAAGCGUUUCAGGAAUGACCGGCGUCCCAAGUGCGAGCUCUUUAGUGCCGAGGCCGGAGCUUAGAACUUAUGCCCCUGAAACUGAGAGGGAUGAAGACGAACAACCUAUGAUAUGUAUGAUCUGUGAAGACAAAGCGACAGGUUUACACUACGGAAUCAUAACAUGUGAAGGCUGUAAGGGAUUCUUUAAAAGAACUGUACAGAAUCGGCGGGUCUACACGUGCGUGGCUGAUGGUGGCUGUGAAAUCACAAAAGCUCAACGCAACAGAUGUCAGUACUGCCGGUUUAAAAAGUGUAUAGAACAAGGAAUGGUAUUACAAGCUGUAAGAGAAGACCGUAUGCCGGGAGGACGUAACAGCGGUGCCGUUUAUAACCUAUAUAAGGUUAAGUAUAAGAAGCAUAAGAAAGCGAAUACAAAAGCGGCGACAACUACGAGCAGAGCGUCGCCACCAGAGAAGCCUAAAGAACCGGUGCCUCCACUCCCACCCCACCUAGUUAACGGCACUAUAUUGAAGACUGCCCUUACAAAUCCCAGCGAGGUUGUACAUUUAAGAGCGAGAUUAGAAAGUGCUGUAUCAUCAUCACGAGAUCGUGCUGUACCUUUAGAGCGGGCGUUACAUAUGAUCCGAGCUCUGAUUGACUGUGAUGCCAUGGAGGACAUAGCCACCGUCCGACAUUUACCUGACUUACUCCACGACACAUCCGAAAUCGGGGAUAAACUAUGUAAAAUAGGCGACUCCAUUGUCCACAAAAUGGUCGCAUGGACGAAAAAGUUACCUUUCAUCAUGGAAAUACCCAUGGAGAUACAUUCGAAGCUCUUAAUGGAGAAAUGGCACGAAAUAUCUGUUUUAACGACGGCAGCGUAUCAAGCAAUGCACGGAAAACUUGCCCACGCGCCGCCCUCGUCAGACCACGAGCACGAUUUCAUGCAAGAGGUGAACGCAAAUCUGAGGACGCUUCAGAGUUGUUUGACAUCGUUAAUGGGUAGACCCAUCACGUUGGAACAGCUUAGAUUGGACGUGGGGCUGGUCGUGGAAAAAAUGACCCAAAUAACCUGCGUGUUCCGCAGAAUACAGCUCAGAAUGGAAGAAUAUGUAUGCUUGAAAGUAUACAUACUCCUCAAUCAAGAAGUCGAGCUAGAAAGUAUUCAAGAUAGGUACGUUCAGGUUCUACGUAGUUACUUGGAACACGCCGCACCCCACCAUCCCGGAAGACUGCAAGAGUUGUUCGCUCGGAUACCUGAGAUCCAAGCAGCAGCGAAUCUGUUACUCGAGAGUAAGAUGUUCUACGUGCCGUUCGUGUUGAACUCAGCCGAGAUCAGAUAG